CAUUUGGUGAAGUUACCGGCUAAUUUCGAAAUAUAACAGGGGUGUAUUAAUACGUUAACGUAGGUGUGAAUGUAAAUACCAAAACACGACAUGUAUAUUUAACGAUGUUUAGUGACCUUUACGCGCAGCACGAGAGCAAACACGUGAGUUAUGAUAAAUGUACUAAUGACAUUUAUUUCAGUAAAACUGUUUAUGCGGAAAUCACUGAUAUAUAGAUAAAAUGCGGAUACACAUAAUAUGGAGCGGCACGGAACAUUUAAAUUAACAUACAUAUUUUGUAUCGGUUGAAAGUUAAAAGGAUAGUACACAGCCAUAGGUAACUAUCUACCUGUGACUGAGAUCGUGUAACUUCCUGCAUUGCAAAAUAAGGUAUAAAUAUGUUGCAUUUUAAAAGUUUCCGUAGUUAUUACCAGGAAGAUAAAAACGUCCUCUAAUUGUUUGUAAACAUCUUUUAAGUCUGCGGAGGAGUCCAUUAACUGGAUUUAGUUCGAAAGCACGUUGUCAUAAUCUCAAGGAUUAAGCAAACACGGAAAAUCUGUUCAUUUUCUAUUGAUUAUGGAUUUACGUGCUAUCUCAAACCGAUUUAUAUCAUAUGUAAGCAUUGACGAGUGAUUCAUACAAAUAUCAAGGUUAAAAAAUGCACAUGGACGCAAAAAAUGUGAAAAUAUGUUUGUUUAUUAAUUAAUUCAACUGGAUAAACUUGCAAUGAAAAUACAACUAUGAAUAAUUAAGUGAGCAAAUGGAUUUCAUUGUUGUUCACUGAAAAUGGACUUCAAUUCAUAUUUCAUAAAUGAUAGUUUAGUUGGUGUGGUAUCAGUUGUCUACAGCAGAUUCUUCGAUAUUCAAUACGGGAACUAUUCUAUACCGGAAGUUGACAAUGAUUCUGUAACCGGAAGUAAUUGUGAUGCAGUUCUUAAAGACAUGCCUGGACCUCCGCCUUUAUACGGGACAACAUCACGUUAUGCACUAGCAGCCUUUUUAUUUAUAUUUCCUUGUUUUACACUAAUCGGAAGCAGUUUGGUGAUAGCCGCUGUGUAUACACAUAAGCGUCUGCAUACAAUCACAAACGCUUUCGUUGUAUCACUUGCAGUGGCUGAUUCCAUGGUAGCGAUUCUUGUGAUGCCUUUUGGAAUAUACCAACAAUUUAAUAACAAAACGUGGAAUCUUGGCAAAGAAUUAUGUCUCGUAACAACAAGUUUUGAUGUGAUGUUCACGACAACCUCGAUAUUUAACUUGUCUUGUUUGGCAAUUGACAGAUACCUUGCCAUUUGCAGACCAUUUGAUCACGAACGAUUGACCCGUCCUAAAGUGAUUCUUAUGUUGUCGCUAUGUUGGAUCGUACCCAUAUUCAUUUCCUUUGUUCCUAUUUUAAAUAAAUGGAAUAACAUAGGGAUAGAAGAGUUUAUAGAGUGCGCAUUUCCUGCAGACAAUCCGGCACAUUGUGUUUUUGUGGUCAACAAAGUGUUUGCCAUCAUUGGCUCGUUAUUUGCAUUUUAUAUCCCGACAGUGUUCAUUGUUGUAUGCUACAUUCACAUAUUCAGGGCAGCCAGGAAACAGGCGUAUCAAAUAUGUAGUUUGGAACUUACCUCGCAUAAACAACAUCGUCAUGGAAAGUUAAAACACGAAACAAAAGCUGCUAAAACUGUUGGAAUCAUUAUAGGUUGUUUCUUCAUAUGCUGGUUCCCGUUUUUCGGACUUAAUAUCAUAGAUCCAUUCAUUAACUACAAAAUACCUUAUAUACCAUGGACUGUAGCGCUGUGGCUAGGGUAUAUUAAUUCCAUGUUAAACCCGAUACUUUAUUAUAAUUUCAAUAAACAUUACAAAGAUGCAUUUAGGAGGUUACUCAGUUGUAAAGUAUGCCGAGGAGUGAGCGAAUUUAAGGACGAAAUGGUUCCAAGCAGUUUUCAUACGGAUUUUCAAAAUUCUGCCCGACAUUCAAUCUCCCAUAAUGGAAUACACAGAAACAGUUGAUAGUACUGUUCAUAAAGCUUUGAAAUUUUACUAACAUACUUUUUUAACAGAAUAGUGUAACUUAAGCAAAAACUAAUUACUUGUUAAUAGAUGUUAGCUACCAGCUUCAAAUUAAUGAUGGCUUUUGAAAAUGCAUAUAAUCAUGUUAUACUUUUUUUCACAAUAAUUUCAACCGAGGAAGUUUUACUUUUUACUUAACAUGUUUAAUUUUUAUACUUAACGGAUGAUAAUCAAAGGAACACGUUAAAAUUAACUAUCUGACGAUAAUAACACAUAUUUAUUAACUAAGAAAUUGACCAUUAAAACAAAGAACCCAGAAAGCAUGCUCUUUAGCCUGCAUAAUAUUUCAUUAUCAUUCGAUGGCGGAUCUAGAGUUCUUGUUUGGGACCAGACUAUCUAAGGAUCCGGUUGCAAGUAGCCUCGGAUUUUAUUCUUCGUGGUCUAGGUUUAUGUUGCUUGAGAUUAUAUGUUUUAUUACUAUAUUAUGUGCAAUACACUAACUUCUAUUUUAAAAUGAAUAAAGUUUAAAAACGUUUAAAAGCGGGUGUCAAAUGACUGUUUACUUCCUUGUAGUGUAAGGAACAUAAAGUGAGAUUUAUUAUCUAAUAUAUAUUUGCACGCAUGUUUCAAAAACCAUUCAUCUGUCUAAAUGUUAUCGCUUAUACGUACGUAAACUUGUCAAUUUAACGAUUUUAAUGGAGCCAAGCUGUUGUGACAUUGUCCAAUACUUGACACUUCCUAUUAGUUUAUUUUCACUAAGAUAUUUUCUCAUUUUUUUGAAAGCUAGACAUUGUCUAAGGAUCUGAAUGGUGUCCCUCUUUAUAUUUACACAUUGGACAAUAUAUUCUUGUCCUGUUGUUUGUCUAGUCGUAUCCUUUAAACACAAUAUAUUUACAAUUCUUUGUCUUCAUUCUCAAAAAGCAGUUAACUGGUAUGGGCAAUUGCAACCUUUAAAUCUUGUUGAAACGUCUAGUUUUUAUCUAAAAUGCUAUACAAACAGAUUAAUAAGCAGUGUGUCAGAAAUUCCUCACCCGGAGCCCAGUAACUACAACUGAGAUGACAGCAAACCGGUUAAAAUACUGAGUUGCUGCCAAAAAUUAAUUGACAUGGGCAAGUUACCAAGUAUAAAAGGAUCGUCAGUAGAUUUUGCUAUAUCAAAUAAGAAAUGAAACAGUUGUCCGAAGACUCCCUCGAAGAGGCAUCGUAAACCUCUGCUAUUUCACAACGUCCAAUGAAUAUGUCAAACAUAAUUAUGUUCUUCUUGUACUCUCAAAAAACAAAACAAAACAAAAAAAAAAAAAACACACACACACACACACACACAACAACAACAAAAACAAUACGUGAGUGGAUCUCACUCUGCAAGAUAGUGUUUUAUGUUGACAUUAAUAAAACAUAUUAAUUUCGACGACAGUAAAUAAUAAAUUGUGUCUUAGUGUCCGCUAUUUGACUUUUAUAUGACUGCGAGAGAAUUUCAUUAUGAAAAGCGAUGCACAAAAGGUCAACACAUGUAAGUCAAGGUAACAAAGUACAUUUUCGAUUAUUCAGUUCUAUAACUUUUCUUUGGCAUUGAUUACUACAACUUUCUUCUUAUUCACGUCCGUCUAUUUAUUCACGUCCGUCUAUUUUCUAUUUUCUUCUUAUUCACGUCCGUCUAUUUUCUUCUUAUUCACGUCCGUCUCUUAUCGUCCCAGUAUCCCGCUGUUAUACUGUUCUCUUCCUCGUAAUAUUCUCUUAAAGAUUCAUUGUGCCGAUACUCUUAAAACAAUGGCUUUCGGCAUAUCAAUAUUUAAAAUGGAAUUGGUCUAUCAUUCAAUUUGGACAAUACCAUUUAUUAUUCAAACGGAUUUUCACUGAACAUUUACUGCUGAAUAGCGAUCUUGGUCUGCACUGGUCGCAAAGGCAGAAUCACUUGCCGCCAGCAGGCUAAAGGUUAAUUACAGGGUUUAAUUGUUACUGAUCC